GCGGGUUUUUCAGUUGUGUCCCACGUGUGUCGGAGGGCUCCGUGCUGUCCAUCGUGGGCUGAAGCUGCACUGAGCUGAGCUGAGUAUGAGGGCUGCUAGUGGAGAUGGAGGAUACCAGCAAAACAAGUGACCUGAGCAGAUUUAGAGCGAGUCUUUACUCACAUCUCCUCUCUUAAACAGCCACGACUUGAUUUGUUGAUCUAAAAUAUGGGGAAAAACAAGACUAAGAACCAGAAGGCAGCCCGUGUGGCCUCUGCGCACGUGGCCGAGGAGGCGUAUGGUACCGUGCCGCACUCCUUCGUCUUUCACCGCGGCUUGAUUGGUAAAAAUGUCGGCCAACUGGUUGCAGACAUGCGGCGUGUCAUGGAGCCCUACACAGCAAGAGCUUUAAAGGUUCGAAAGAAAAAUGUCUUAAAAGAUUUCGUGACUGCGGCAGGACCACUGGGUGUCACACACUUCCUAAUAUUCACCAAAACUGAAACCAACGUUAACCUGAGACUGGCACGACUUCCCAAAGGGCCCACUCUUUUUUUCCACGUUACUAAGUAUUCUCUCAUCAAAGAUGUCGUUUCAUCGUUGAAGAGGCACAGGAUGCACGAACAGCAGUUCAGUCAUCAUCCGUUGCUGGUGCUGAAUAAUUUUGGCCUAGAUGGCAUGCAUAUCAAGCUAAUGGCCACCAUGUUCCAGAACAUGUUCCCCUCCAUCAAUGUGCAUAAGAUCAACCUCAACAACAUUAAGAGGUGUGUGCUGGUCAAUUAUGAUCCAGAGUCCCAGGAAAUAGAGUUCCGUCAUUACAGCCUGAAGGUGGUCCCUGUAGGCAUGAGCCGAGGAGUGAAGAAACUCAUGCAGGAGAGGCUCCCCAACAUGAGCAAGCUGGACGAUAUUAGCGAUCUGCUAUUACAAGGGGUGAACCUAUCCGAGAGUGAAGCUGAACAAGACGGGGAUCACAACAUCACAGAACUGCCCCAGGUUUACUCGGGCCGCGGGAACAUGAGGUCCCAGCAGAGUGCUGUCCGGCUAACGGAGAUUGGCCCUAGAAUGACCCUGCAGCUGGUGAAGAUCGUGGAGGGCAUGGGAGACGGGAACGUGCUUUAUCAUUCCAUCCAUACAAAGACAGAGGAGGAGCUUAUGGAGAUCCUGAAGAGGAAGGAGGCUCGUCUGAAGGAGAAAGCAGAACGCAAACAGAAGCAGGAGCAAAAUAUAGCCGUAAAGAAGCAGAAACGGGAUGAAAACAAGAAAAAGAGUCUGGAAGGGAUGAAGAGGAAACGGCAGCAGGACGGGGCGGGGUCCGAUGAUAGUGAAGUGGAGGAUCCUGGGAUGCAGGAGGACCAGGCUGCGGCUGAAGAGUCUGAAGACGAGGCAGAAUACUACAGGCAGGCCGUUGGCCAGGAGCCGGAUGAAGACAUGUUCCCCACUGCUAAGAGGAAACAUGGCCCAGGCAAGUCACCCAGACCUUUCAAAAAGCAGAAAGUUUCCUCUGCAAAAGCCUCUGGUGAAGAAAAACGAAGCCCCCGGCCUUCUGGCAAGCCAGCUUUCGGUGGUAAACCCUCUGCUGGCAAAAAGUUCGGAGGGAAGAAAAUUGGUGUCGGAGGCAAAGGAUUCGGGGCUAGAAAAAUGGGAGGUUUUGGCAACAAGUUUGGAAACAGCAAAUGGGGAAAGAAGUUUGGAGGAAACAAAAGGGACGGUUUUGGUGGGGAUAAAAAAGGGCCGCAGAAAGGCCCCAGUUCGAAGCUGAAAGGACAACGAUUAAAAACUGGUCCUGGGUUUAAAGCAGGACAGAGAGGGGGCAAAGCAAAAAAGGACUUCAGACAAAAGAAAGGGAGGAAGAUAUGGAGGAGGCGCAGUACAAUGAAAGUGAACAACUCCUCCUGUGGCUUCGAAGCCCAAAAGCAGCUGCUACCUUUUAUGUACAGUGUGGAGCUGUGUGUGGCUCUCCUGGGGAACAUAUUCGCCCUGUGGAUGCUGGUGACGAGGGAGAAGAGAAACUGGCACACAGGAGUGGUGUUCUCCUGCAACCUGGCCAUCAGCGACAUCCUCUAUGUCUUGACCUUCCCUCUUCUUAUCCUCACCUAUUUAAACGACAAAAAGUGGGACUUCACUGAACCUGUCUGCAAAAUUGAACGUUUUCUCUUCGCCUGCAACCUGUACGUCAGCAUCUAUUUUAUCAUGUGCAUCAGUGUCAACAGGUACCUGGCCAUCGUCCACCCCUUUUUCACACGCAAACAUGUGCAUCCGAAACACGCCAAGAUCGUCAGCGUGCUGGUCUGGAUCACUGUGGCCAUCCUCUCGAGCCCAAUCCUCAAGUAUGCAGCCAUCGAAAAAGAACGGUGCAGGUCAUUCUCAGGCAAUGCAAAGGGGUACAAGCGUGGCUACAGGAUCUUUAUGGCUGUUGUCGGCUGCCUUGUUCCAUUUGUGGUCACAUUCAUGUCCUAUUUUGGCGUGAUAUGGGCAGUUUUAAAAAAUGCCAACAUCACCACACUGGAGAAGAAAAAAGUGGCCCUGAUUGUGGCUACAGUCUGCAUCAUCUAUGCCAUGUCCUUUGUGCCCUACCACAUUCUGCAAAUAUGGCACUUUCAUCUGAAGGAGAAAACAGAACGUGACUGUAGGGUGCAGAACGCAUACCAAGUGUCAAAAGGACUGGCAGGUGUUAACAUGUGUGUUCACCCCAUCCUCUAUAUGGCCAUGUUUGAUAGUAUCAGGACAGUUUGCUGUAGAAGGAGCUCCAAUAAAUAGGUUUCCUACAUAUUUUCUGAAAUGCAGGCCUAGCAGUACAGCUAGCACUCUGUGGUAUUCAGCUCAGAUUUACAGUCAUAUGGAAAAAAAAUACAUGUUUUGUU